GCUUUUCCUGCUUCUUGUGGACUGAAGCCGGGAGAGAGAAAACUCUGUUGCUCACUCGGUCUCCAGCUUUGAGAGGAAGCAACCACCUCUUCCCCAGACACUGUACACACACUCAGACAGACAGCUCCCCAGGACUCAGUUGUACAGCAGCAACAAGGAAUCCACUAAAGCAUUCAGGACUGCCUGUAGUGCUGUUUUGUUUUUUUGUUUUUUUCUCAAAACUUGGAGGAAAACAAGACUAAAACUUGUAGUUUGCCUGUAGCCUCCUCUGUGGACUGAGCUGUUUCAGAGAGAUGUUUUUUCUCAUCACUGACCGGGUGGCCAAAUGAGCUGUUUAGCCUGAGGACCAAAGAUCACUGCCCUGAUCCAAUAGCAAGGGAGAGUAAAAGAGGAGCGUGAUCAUUUUGCAUCCAUUCUCCAACUACUCAUUACACUAUGAGCUGGGACUGAAGACGUGCUCCAGAGUUUCAUUUUGUGGGUGAAGAAAUCAAAGUCAAGAUCAUCAUGGAUGUGAAGAAAAAAGAAAUGGACCUCCUGAGCAACAGCAUUGCUGCAUAUGCACAUAUUAAAGCAAACCCAGAGAGCUUUGGCCUUUACUUUGUGCUUGGAGUGUGUUUCGGCCUGGUGCUGACACUCUGCCUCCUGGUCAUCCGCAUUUCCUGCAAGCCACGGACCAAUAUCGCUCCCUCCACACCUGAGAAAAAACAUUUAAAAGACAUCAAUGAGGAGGAUGAGGAGAGUGAAGAUGAUGAAGAUGAAGGAGGGGACAAUGUAGAGGCACCUGUCCCAGUGCCCAGCACAGAAAUCCCUGUUGGUAAUCAUACCAGCCAACCAGACGGCAUGCUGAGUGUGAACGUAUUUACCUCAGCUGAAGAGCUGGAACGGGCACAGCGACUGGAGGAGAGGGAACGCAUCAUACGGGAGAUCUGGAGGAACGGCCAGCCCGAUAUCCUUGGAACAGGAACGGGGACUAUUGGACGAGUGCAUUACUACUAAGAGACUGCAAGGGCAGCAAUUUGAGCUCUGCGAAGGAGAGACAAUGCCCUUUGAAUGGACCCGGUGUCGCUGGUGCCUCCAAAACUUGAGAGCCUAUGCUAGAUACAAAGUAACAGUGAUGUGCCACAUUUGACUUACUUGGCUCUGACAGAGCUAAGUAUGUGAUAUUGCACUUCUAAUGUAGCAAUGUUUCUUUCAACUGUCUACAUAAAAUUAAGCCAAGAGAAGUCCUCAAGGCUGAUUUAUCGUGUGCAAAAGAUGCAGUAUGAAUGUGGGUGCUGAUGGACACUUGAAGACUAAUCAAAUAUAUGGCGCUUAAUGACAAAAAUGCACACAACAAGGUUUAUGUAUGUAACAAAUGGAAACUGAAAGCAUAAUCAAGGACAAGAUAUGUACUGUUUGUUGAAGAGGAUUUGUUUGCAGUGAGGAUAUUUAAUCCAUCUGAGCAAACACAUAUCAGGGAGUUAGAAUACACAUAGAGUAAUGUAAAGGCAAUUAAAACUCUUUAAUUGUGAGUCUUUAAUUUAUGAGUACAUCACACCCAUGUUUAUGUUUUUAAGGAUAAUUCCACCAAAGAAAAUGACAGAAUUAAACUUGAAAUAAUUAACUGUUUCUCUUCAUAAUACUCCCAUCACGACAGCAGAGCUCUUCCUCUACAUACAGUACUUUUGGGCCAUGGAUUUUUAAUCAAGAUAACACAAAUAUGAGGAAGCUGUUUUGAUAAUUAAAAUGUCACCCUUUGUCAUUUGUUAUUUCUGCUCACAUGUGCCUUACUUACUUAAAGAUAUGCAGUUUUAUAAUAAAAUUUCUGGGAAACAGCCCUCUUGUGACAGUAAAGGUUUUUCAAGGUUAUGGUGGAGUGGGGCGUUAGGUUUGUAAAAGUUCUAAUGAACUUUUUUUGACUUCCUGUGAGUUCACGUCCCGGUACUGGCUGUAACACCUAUCAAGCGAACCCUUUGUGCAGUCCAUAGGUUAAUUAUUAACACCUGCGUAGGCAUUUGCUGCCUCUGCUACUGUUCCUGUUCUAUGUUGUUGGCAAACCUGCGGAGUAAAUGUUCGGCCACGUUACGUAAAGAGUGUUUUAUAGAUGAAAACAUAUCGUAUUUGCGUCGCUCGGCCUCGUAGGGGCUGCAGCUUGUUUUGAACUUGCUAACAUCAGCUGUUCUCAAACCUCAUGCCAAGUCGGAAGUUAUCCUCAUUUGCUGUUAACAACUAGACGCCAAGCUACUACAAGAGAGUGGUCUCCUACCAGACAUCCUUGCCACCAUAACAUCACUACAAAGGGUAACCACCAGAUCUUCUCUGCACAGUUUCACCAGUUGUGGAAGUCUUUGCCAGAACAUCUCAGACUAGCCAAGUUGAACUAUGUCCAAACGUGAAGCUGAAGAUGAGGAAGACGCUGAUUUGAGUGACAGUUUCCUCUGUGGCUCAGACAACGGGGUAGUCCCUUCAGUUAAUUCCCAGCCUGGUGAUGUGGUGAGAGCAAGGGGUCCUAUGAUUGAAUGUUUGUCUCGUGACAAGAUGAUUGAUGAGUAGAGGAAAGAUGUUACAUAAUCUCCAUUGUUUGAACUUGUAGUAGCUAAUGAGAAUGCAAAGAACUUAACAGGUUAUGUUGUAAAGAAUAACUUGAUGCCUAAAUGGACUAUUGACUGCCCCCGCUGGAGAUGACUGGAGCACUAUGACUUGGAUUGUAAUUCCAUGUCCAUAUCACUGUGAAAUCUUAAAUCUAGCACAUGAUAAUCCUCUUACUGGUCAUUUGGAGAUCAAGAAAAUGUAUAUUAUGGCUUUUUUUUUGGCCUGGCUUGAAGAGAGAUGUGGUGCAUUAUUGUACCUUUUGUCAUACAUGGCAGUUGCCUGGGAAGCUGAAUCACAUUAUUCCUCCUGCUCCUCUGUAUCCCUGCUGGUGGUGUGUGAACCAUAUAAACAGGCUGUGAUCAGCUGUUGUCAGUUCAAUUCCCAGUUUUUGUUGACUGUGAUGUGCGCUUCUACCACCUUUUCUGAGGCGAUUCCUUUGCACAAGAUUACAACUCCUGUUAUUGUGAAGGCACUGACAAAGUUUUUUUUCAUGUUUUGAGUUUCCAAAAGUAAUACAAACCAACCAGGGUUUGAACUUUUUGUCUCGUGUUUUGAAACAACUUAUCAAUCAUUGUCAUUCAAGAACGAACCAUCCAGAGAGUCAGGGUGGACUAGAGCGGUUUCACCAGCUAUUAAAAUCAAUGCUACACAUUGAAUGCUUGGAGUUUGAAAAAGACUGGAACAACAGGGUUCAUGUGUUGCUUUUUGCUACCAGAGAAGUGGUUCAGGAGUCCUUAGGAUUUAGUUUUGCUUGUGCUUGAUCAUACAGUGUCAUAUUAACAUGUUAAGGCCUUACUGUGACAGAUGAACCAUUUUGUUGGGUACUAAGUUCACAGGACUCAGUACCCGAGAGUGACACUGCAGUGCCCACAGUGGUGGUGUCCAUUGUGAGCCUGGUGGCAGAUAUGCCCUCACAGGCGUUAUCCAGUGUUGAAUUGAGUGACAGAGCUUUGCCUAGUGUUGCUUUUCCUGUUGCAUUGAAUAGAACUGAACUUCACCACUAUGCACCAGUGGUUGAAUAUUAUAGGGUGUUUUGUAAAAACCUUUAAGCUUCUAACUGAUUUACAUACUUAGUCCAAAAGUUAAUGGUUAGACACCUGUCAGUGGGCAUUUGAGCAGAGUAAACAUGUCCGCCUUCGGACUCAGGUGCUUGCAGCACCUUGUUAUGAUUGACCUUUUAGGUUGGCUGUAGAAGCCAGUGAUGCCGGUGUGGGUGCUGUUCUUCUCCAGGAGAGUACUAAGGGCCUGAAGCACCUGAUUCCUUAUUUUUCUAAGAAACUUCAUCAUCAUCAUCAUCACAAGGAGUAUUCUGAAAAAUUUAGAAGAAAGCAUCUGGACGUAGUUUUAGGUAGAAAACGUUUCACCUCACAUCCAAAAGGCUUCAUCAGUUCUGCCUGACUGGUGGUGAGCAGGAGGUAUUUAUCCCACGGGGUGGUGUUUCAGUUCUUCGAUGGCAACCAACAUCCACCAACGAUUGAGCCGUUAGGGUCUGGUAUCGGUGAGUGUCGUUACCUGUCUUUGAACCCUCACAUGUGGACCAACUCCUAGUGUGAAUUGGGGUGGAAAGGUGUGGGUAGCGAUCUCAAAACAGAGUUGUAGAUGGAUGAGGUGUUGUGUGGUUUGUCCUUCAGGUGGACCAGUCUCUGUCAAAGGGUGUUCUCUGGCUUAAAGUUGAGUGGGAUAUUGUAGUUGCAGAAAAUCCUUUUCAGCUUCUCUGAUAAACCGGCCACAUAAGGGAUGACUGUUAUCCCCUCUUGUUUCUGGUUUCUCCCUGUUGGGCCUCCUCCUGGCUUUGGUGCAGGCCCACUUAGGGUAUCCACAAACCUUAAGGACAUUCUAGAUGUGUAGUUCCUCCUCCUUGAUCCCUUCUGCAGUUGUGGGCACUUCCUGGCCCUGUGAUUUAGAGUUCUAAUAACUCCUAAUUUGUGUUGAAGUGGAUGGUGUGAGUCAAAAAGAAGGUAUUGGUCUGUGUGUAGGUUUCCGAUAUAUACUUCCACCUUAAGGCUUCUGUCUCCUCCUAUGUGGACUGCACAGUCCAAAAAGGCCAGGCAGUCAUCUUUGGCAUCCUCCUGAGUGAACUUGAUGUUGAUAUCCAGAGUUGAUAUGCUUGGUGAAAGCCUCUACCUCCUGGGUCCUGAUUUUAACCCAUGUGUCAUUCACGUGUCCAUCCACCAGUGGCUGGGAGCGGUAUCAGUAAAGGAAGACAGGGUUUUGUCCUCAAAUUCUUCCAUGUACAGGUUGGCAACUAUUGGAGACACAGGGGAGCCCACAGAUGCCGCCUUCUACAUUUUUUUCUGCAUACUAUGACCUGUAUGACUGAGAAUUUGCACGGACACAUGGAGUAUUCUACCACAGAAAAGGAGGCGUUAGCCUUACUUGAAGUAUAUAUUGGCUUGUCUGAUGUCUCUGUGGUGGUUUACACAGACCAUAAUCCUUUAGUUUUUAGCACAGGUUUUAUGACCAAAAGGUAGGUUGUAACUGUCACAAAUCCCUUUGUAACACAUUGACAGAGGAUUGGUUAGGCCACUUAUCCUAAAUCAGGGGUUUACACCUGAUUAUGACCCAGGGAUCACCACUGUGGCUAGACUGAU